CCACAAGUCGGCCUCACUUUAGUGCUGCCAAGUCCCAUGUAUAAAUCUGCAACUUCCGCGCCGCUCACCUUGUCUGCAAGAAACCUCCCAAGGCACGGAGAGAAUGCACAAGAGUGAGUCAGGAUCAUCACUGGGUCCAGGAGGCCUGGACCUAACCCAGGCCUUCUUCAAGCCCGUUCUCAACGCAGCCCCUCCGUCUCCGACGAAGCGCCACAACAAGAUCUCCGUCAUUGGCACCGGCAACGUGGGCAUGGCCAUCGCCCAAACCAUCCUCACCCAAGACCUCACGGACGAGCUCGUCCUCGUCGACGCCAAACCCGAUAAACUUCGUGGCGAGAUGCUGGACCUCCAGCACGCCGCUGCGUUUCUCCCCCGUACCAAGAUUCACGCCUCCACUGAUUACUCUGUGACCGUCGGAUCUGAUCUCUGCAUCGUCACGGCCGGGGCGCGUCAGAUCGUUGGCGAAUCCAGGCUGAACUUGCUACAGAGGAAUGUCAGUCUAUUUCAGACCAUCAUUCCCCCGCUGGUUCGUUACUCCCCGGACUCCGUUCUCCUUAUAGUUUCAAAUCCGGUGGACAUCUUGACUUACGUGGCCUGGAAACUCUCGGGUUUCCCCUCCAAUCGCGUCAUCGGAUCGGGUACCAACUUGGACUCUUCCAGGUUUCGUUUCCUCAUCGCCGAUCAUCUGGACGUCAACGCUCAGGAUGUUCAGGCGUACAUAGUAGGGGAACACGGUGACAGCUCGGUGGCGCUGUGGUCUAGCAUCAGCAUAGGGGGCGUACCGGUGCUAAGUUUUCUCCAGAACCAACAGAUAGCGUACGAGAAAGAAACGCUGGAAAACAUACACAAAGAAGUUAUAGACAGCGCUUAUGAAGUGAUCCGUUUGAAAGGCUAUACUUCUUGGGCCAUAGGAUACUCCGUGUCUAGCCUGGUCCGUUCCAUUCUGAGAGACCAAAGGAAGAUUCACCCAGUCUCUGUUCUUGCCAAGGGCUUUUAUGGCAUUGACGGUGGUCAAGUUUUCUUGAGCUUGCCGGCACAGCUCGGUCGAGGUGGGGUGCUCGGUGUGACCAAUGUCCAUUUGACCGACGAGGAAGAACAGAGGCUUAGGGACUCGGCUAAGACCAUCCUUGAAGUGCAGGCACAAUUGGGUAUUUGAGUUCAUAGACGACAAUGACAUGGUCCUGUUCUAUCUCCCUUGUAAUCUUCUUUCCCCGUUUUCUUUAAGCAUAAUGUCUCAUUUCAUCCCAUAUUUACUGCUUCAGUGACAGGUACACAGGGUGCAAGGGUUGCUAUUUCCGUGAUUAAACGCAUGUCUUUGUUUAAAUCAAAAUCGAAGGUUGUUUUAAUUUUUGCCCUGUGAUCAAACACCCCAUUAAUUAAAACGCAGUGUUUGCCCCAUCAGUAUAGGCCCAGUGACAAACUGAUUACGGGAAGGCUUUCUACCCUGCACCCUAUUUUGUUUUCCCCCGUCUAAUGUUGUUCGUUAGGAUUGUGUCUCAUAUGGUCUCGUGUUGACUUCUUUUUGUGGAUUUGUGAUGUAAUGAUGUGGUUAUUAGUUAUUACUACUGCCUUGGAACA